CUCACAGUGGCGCACUCGUUGGGCGUCUCAGGUGAUGCAAGAUUGAUUUGGCGCCGUCGCGUACCCCUCCCGCUGUUGUUUCCCUCUUGAUACCCCAGUUCCCUUUCGUCGCGCAAUAUGGUGAAGACGUACAACAAGUACGAGCACACGGAUGCCUUCGGUGUCGUCGCGACCGCCACCUCCAACAUUGUGUGGACCGCCGAGGGCGUUUCUCAACCUGGCUCCAGCCGAUCCGCAGGCGCCGGCCGCGCAUAUGCAGCCGCAAAUGAACAAGUGCUGUGCUGGGACAUCAAGAAAGGCGAAUUGCUGAGCAGGUGGCGCGAUGCGUCAUGCACCGAACAGGUCACAGUCAUCUGCCGGAGCGAUGUGGACACAGACCUCUUUGCUGUAGGAUACGCAGACGGAAGCAUAAGAGUGUGGGAUUCCAGGACAGCAACCGUUGUUAUCAGCUUCAAUGGACACAGGUCGGCCGUUACUAUACUCGCCUUCGACCAAUCCGGUGUACGCCUCGCGAGCGGGUCAAAAGACACGGACAUCGUCAUCUGGGACUUGGUUUCCGAAGUCGGGCUGUUCAAGCUUCGAGGACACAAGGGAGAGGUCACCGGGCUUCACUUUCUGCACCCGACAAAGGCAGCGCAAGAGGAUGGCGUUGAUCAAGGAGACGUAGAGAUGGACACAGACCAGGCCUUCUUGCUCUCCACGAGCAAAGACUCGCUGGUAAAGAUCUGGGACGUGAAUAGCCAGCACUGCAUCGAAACCCAUGUCGCGCAGACGAACGGCGAGUGCUGGGCGCUAGGAGUAUCUCCCGAUGGCAGCAGUUGUAUGACGGCAGGUAAUGACGGAGAGUUGAGGGUGUGGACCAUCGAUCUUGCGGGCCUGGGGCAGUCGGCCUCGUCUGUCGGUGAAGGCGUCGAGCAGCGAUACCUUCACGAGAGAGGGACACUAUAUCGCCAAGGCAAAGACCGGACGCUUGGAAUUGCCUAUCACAGAAAAUCUGAUUACAUUGCCGUGCACGGAUCAGAGAGAGCUGUUGAAUUAUGGAGGAUGCGAAGCGAAAAGGAAGUCCAAAAAGCAUUAUCGAGGAAACGAAAGAGAAGACGCGAAAAGGCAAAAGAGGAAGCGAAUGGUGAAGCACCCGAAGCUGAAGAGGAGAUAAGUCUGGCGGAGGCAGCGAUUGGCGACAUCAUUGUCCCAUAUGUCACCGUACGGAUAGCACCUGGAGGAGGCAAGGUCCGAUCAAUUUCUUGGAUGCAAGGCAGGUCGAAAAAGCUACAGUUGUUAGUCGGGACCGACAGCAACCUUCUUGAUGUAUACGAAAUACCUCAAAAAUCAAAAUCGAAGAGCGAAGACGAGCCCGAGUACAACCGGACGCUGUCCGUCGAACUUGCGGGUCACAGACAAGACAUCCGUGCGUUGGCACUCAGCUCAGACGAUCGCAUGUUGGCUUCUGCCUCAAGCGGCAAAUCUGCGAACGGAGGACUCAAGAUAUGGAAUGUUCGAACACAGAAUUGUCUUCGCACGCUGGAGUGUGGGAAAGCACUAUGCGCUGCAUUCUUACCGGGAGACAAGAUUGUGGUAGUCGGCACCAAGGACGGCGAUAUCGAGCUCUAUGACAUUGCAGCUUCGUCGCUUCUCGAUAAGAUUCCUGCACAUGAAGGCACCGUGUGGACGCUCCAAGUACACCCGGAUGGCAAAUCCCUCAUCACUGGAGGUGCUGACAAGACAGUCAAAUUCUGGGAUUUCGAGAUUGUCCAAGAAGAAAUCCCGGGCACAAAACGCACUAUGCCACGCCUAAAGCUCGUUCAGUCACGGAUAUUGAAAGUCAACGACGACGUCCUCAGUGUUCACUUCUCACCCGAUUCGCGCCUGCUCGCGGUCGCCACAAUGGAUAAUACGGUCAAGGUAUUCUUCGUGGACUCACUGAAGCUCUUCCUCAACCUUUACGGCCACAAGCUGCCAGUGUUGAACAUGUCGAUAUCCAGUGACUCCAAGCUCAUCGCCACCUCCUCCGCCGACAAGAACAUCCGCCUCUGGGGUCUCGAUUUUGGUGACUGCCACAAAGCGCUCUACGCUCACGAAGAUUCGAUCCUCAACGUCGCCUUCAUCCCCCACCCUGUCCAAGCCGACGAGAAACACAUUCUCUUCAGCGCCUCGAAAGACCGCGUCCUCAAAUCCUGGGACGCCGACAAGUUCGAGCUCAUCCAGAAGUUACGCGGCCACCAUGGCGAGAUCUGGGCCAUGACCAUGAGCCGCACAGGCGACUUCGUCGUCACCGCCAGCCACGACAAGAGCAUGCGCAUCUGGACGCGCACCGAUGAGCCCAUCUUCCUCGAAGAAGAACGCGAAAAGGAGCUCGAAGAGCUCUACGAAAACACGCUCGCGACGUCCCUCGAAGACGAAGACCCGCUCCUCAACGGCGCCGAAGCUCCCGAGGUUGGCGCCGCCUCCAAACAAACCACCUCGACCCUCACCGCCGGCGAGCGCAUCCAAGAAGCCCUCGACCUCGGUCUCGAGGACCUGCUCCUCGUCCGCGCGUGGACCAAGCAGAAGCUCGCGAACCCCAACCUCGCGCCCCCGCAGCGCAACCCGCUGUUCCUCGCGCUCAACAACGUCUCCGCCGAGCGCCACGUGCUCAACACGCUGUCCAAGAUCCCCGCCGCGCAGUUGCACGACGCGCUCCUCGUGCUGCCGUUCGCCUCUCUGCCCGCGCUCUUCACCUUCAUCGCCGUCUGGGUCCAGCGCAGGUGGAACGUCACGCUGACGUGCCGCGUGCUGUUCUUCAUGCUCAAGACGCACCAGCGGCAGAUUGUCGCAAGCAGGGAGCUCAAGAGCGUGCUGGAGGGCAUGCGGGAUGAUUUGAGGCGCACGCUGAGCGGGGACAAGGAUUUGAUUGGGUUCAAUGUUGCGGCGGUACGGUUUGUCGGGGAGAGGGUGGAUGAGAGUAAGAUUGUGCGGCUGGAGGAUGUGGACAAGGCGGAGGAGGGUGCGGGGAAGAAGAAGAGGGCUUUUGUGGAUGUUGCCUAGGCUGGGGUUUCGAGUUGGCAUGCGGGAUGGCGUUGGAAUACUGCAUGAAACCUCGAUGUUAUGCCUGUACUUUUUGUCGUGUCCAUGUUUUCGUGUGUAAUCUUCGCAUGUUGUGGAGUUCUCCACAGAGCAUGCCUGGAGAUUGGGUUUGGCACUGCGUUGCUCCUCGUGGAAUAUCAAAGUGUGCGCGGAAUUCUGGCCUGGCACUGCAUCGUGAGCAUGGAAAGCAUUCUUGCCACAUCCUGCCAGACACAGUGGCCCACAAUAAGAUAGAAGCGC